AUGGCUCGAUCGACGAUCAUUCAUCACCUUACGUUGCUGCUCACUAUCCUUCAGCCACUGACGCUGGUAUCUGCGAACGCGCAAGACAACUCACAAGUUUUCGCCAUCAGCAACCACCCCGCAUGGGCAUCAGCAAGUCGUCAAGCAGCAUACGUCGAGUCUGUUCCCCCGCCGCCAUCCACUCCGCGUGAGGCACGAAAGGGUCGUACCCGUAAGGUGGCCAUUAUCGGCGCAGGACCUUCCGGCACUUCUGCGGCUUACUUUCUCAAACAUGCCCAAGAUCAGCUUUCUGCCUCGAGAGAUGCUUCCAUCGCCAAAGACAAGCUCGACAUCACCAUCUACGAACGCGAAACGCGCAUCGGUGGCCGAACCGCCAUCACCUUUCCGUAUGACGAUGAUUCACAGAACCCGGUCGAGCUUGGUGCAAGCAUUUUUGCCGAUGUCAACUUGAACAUCCGACGAGCAGUCAAAGAUUUCAAACUCGAGACCGGAGCCAAGAUGGGUCUAUCAGGUCAAAUGGGAAUCUGGGAUGGACAGCAGUUCCUCUUCGAGGGAGACCAGAGCAGUUGGUGGACAAGCGCCAAGUUCUUCCUGCGCUACGGAUACAGUGCCAUCACUACCGAGAACAUUGUCAAGAAACAGCUCUCUUCCUUUGCAGGCCUUUACGAUCCGACUUUUCUUCACGCGCGCAAAGGAGCUAACGAUGCUAGCAUCUCCGGCUAUCCUUGGUCGACCAUCGAAGAUCUCGCAGCGGCGAUCAAUGCUACCUCGCUGGUGCAAACGACCGGAAUGCAAUUCUUCAAAGAGCGAAGGGUAUCCGAGCUCUUUAUCGAAGAGAUGGUGGAAGCAGCUACACGCGUCAACUACGCGCAGGACACAGAUCGGAUUCACGGAUUUGGCGCAUUGGUCAGUUUAGCAGCCUCCGGAGCCACCGGUGUCAAGCACGGCAACUACCGAAUCUUUGAAGAGUUGGCUCGGCGAAGUGGUGCGAGAAUCUUGACAGGAGUCGAGGGUCAAGUGACGGGCAUCGUUCGUUACGACAGUGCUGUUUCGAGAGGAAAGGAACAGAUAGCAUUUGAGGAUGAAGGGGGGAAUGGAAAGCAGCAGGUGCAAUGGUAUCUAGGCACAAAGAGCGGCGAAGGUGAAUUGUACGAUGCAAUUCUCAUCGCUACUCCCUGGCACAAUGCGGACAUCACGUUGCUCAAUACGAGGGAAAGGGUCAAAAGCAAAGCCUUCGUCCAUCUGCACGUUACUCUUUUGACGACAAGUCGAGAGAGGCCAAGACCGGAGUACUUUGGGCUGGGAGAUCAGGAUGUGGUGCCCACCACCAUUCUGACCUCCAGCGAAAGUGUGAGGCGUGCUGCUGCAGGAAGCAAGAAGCCGGCGACGCCACCCGAGACUCCGCCACCGUCGGACAAGCCGGACAAAGAAGCCACCUCUGAGGCACUCAAGAAACCGAAGUUGGACUUCUUUUCGCUCAACUACCUCCGAUCUGUCACACCGCCUUCUUCUACUUCCUCUGACUCUGCGAAGGAGUACGUCGUCAAGAUCUUUUCAGCCGAGGCCAUCACCGACGAUCAACUCUCACGUCUCUUUGGCAACACAAUUUCGUGGAUCAAACGACACACGUGGGACUCGUACCCUUAUCUGACACCCACUGAUCGAUUUCCCAGGGUAGAGGUGGACGAGAAUCUCUACUACUGCAAUGCCAUGGAGAGCCUGGUAUCCACUAUGGAAACCUCGACAGUGGCGAGCAAGAACGCCGUAGGGCUGUUGUUGAAGAGCUGGUAUGGGGAUGAGUUUGUCAAUGGCAAGGACUGUGAUUGGUCCAAGGGCAAGGACCCGGUGGAUAAUGAGAAUUGGGCUGGGUGGGGAUGCGAUUCUGGUUAG